GUCAGUAACAAGGCGGAAUAAUUUUAGGUGAGAAGCAGAAAGUUUUGGGUGUAUUUGAGGAAAUCCCUUCUCAGCGGAGGGUGGUGGGAAUCUGGAAUGCACUGCCUGGGGGAGGGUAUGAGAGAGGGAACCUUGCAGCCCUUAAAAACUAUGUCAUAUCAUUCAAGGCUCUAAGCCAAGAGCUGGGAUUUGGGAUUUGUGUAGAUAGGAUGGUGCAGAAUCUACAGGGUCAGGGCCUUCUUCUGUGCUCCAUGGGUCUGGGUGGAAUGCCCUUCGGAGAGUCAGUCUGGACCCAAAUGACCUCCUUUUGCUCUGGAGGGACUCUGUGAUUCAAAGUGCAUCUGGCUGGGAAGUGCUCAUUUCUCAUCCUGUGGCUUGUGAUAUUUUAUACCUCGAGCAUUUUUCUUCAAUUAAACAUUCUUCUGCUAAAGCAGUUGCGGCCCCACGGGCUGGGUUGUUGUGUGAGAAAUGGUCACAAGAGCAAACUCUUGUCUGUCUGUAAUCAACAACAGCAGCUGCAGUUUCAGGGUGAGAACAGAAAGAGAGGAGUUAAAAGGAGAGACGAGAAGUGUUGAUAACAGACUGAGAAAGAACUUGCUCUUACAGUCAUAGUGAUAUACAGCACAGAAACAGACCCUUCAGUCCAACUCGAUGCCAACCAAAUAACUUACAUAAAUCUCGUGCCAUUUGCCAGCAAUUGGCCCAUAUCCCUUUAAACCCUUCGGUUCAUAUUCCCACUCAGGUCCCUUUUAAAUGUUGUAAUUGUCCCAGGCCCCACCACUUCCUCUGGCAGCCCACUCCAUACACACACCACCCCCUGUGUGAAAAAGUUACCCCUUCGGUCCCUUUUAUAUCUUCCCCCCUCACCUUAAACCUAUGCACUCCCCCCAACCCAGGGAAAAGCCCUUCCCCUUUCCCGUUUCCAUGGCCCUCAGGAUUUUAUAAACCUGUGCAAGCUCACCCCUCAGCCUCCAAUGCAUUAUUUCUCAGGGACUUCUCAAGCUCAGCACUGUCAAUGCAUUACUUUUGACAUGAUUGAUAUUGUUCGGCAACGUUUAUAUCAUUCAUAACGCUGACUGGUUUAAUUUGUUUGAAAAGGACAGAUUACGCUUGAUUUAUAAGCAGACAAUGUGGCAAAAUUGGAAUAUUAUGCUAAUUAAAUUUUUUAUUUUUAAAAUUAAAUUCCUUUCUACUUGUCAAUCAUUGGAGAGCACUUGUGGAGCUGGAUUUUCGAAUUGCACAAUGUUACAGCACAGAAGGGAGCCAUCCAGCCUGUCUUGUCCGUUCUGACUCUCUGUAACAACAAUUCCCUGCUGUCACCUCAUCCGCUGUUCCCCUGCAGCCCCGCAAACCGACACUCUUCAGGUCAUCGCCUCAUUCUCUUUUGAAAGAUGCGAUUGCUUCUGCCUCCAACAGACUCUCAGACAUUGAAUUCCAGAUCCAGACUCUGUCUCAAAAAGAUCGAUAUUUGAUCGAUGAGUGUCUGAAGGGCAGGAGUUGACAUUGAGCUGACCCGGGGAGUAUCAGAAGGGGAAAUGGGAAUUGUUUUGGGAGGUGGGUUGACAUGGAGAGUAUGAAGGGCUGUGGGGAUUGUGUGAAGCAAUUAGAGAGUUUGGGGGUCGAGAGCCCCUGGUUUUAUCACAGCUGGGGGAGGAAGUCCCAGAGAACCAAGGCAGGGCUUCUAACCAGCCCAUCUCAGCCCUCGCCUGCUGCCUUGGUGGCCCAGGAUCUGUUUCCAACAUCACUCUGUCCCAGACUUUCCCACUGUACUCACCCCCAUCCCAUGUCCCCAACUCCCACACCCCAACUCACCACUGCCUUUGAAGGGAAAACUGCACAAUUCAGGUCCUUUUUUCUGAAGCGAGUCCAGAAAUGUCCCGACUGGAGCGAUCUGCCUCAGUAACAGUCGUCAAAAUUUGGUUCUUAAUUUCCAGUUUGUAAUGAGCAAUGCCACAGAAGGUGCAUUAAGCAGUAUCUAACACAUUCAAACGUGUCUGUUCAGAACCUUUCUCCAAAUGCUUCAUGUCACAGCAAGUUCUUCAGUCUAUUUAUUAUUUCUGUUUCCAGAGUGGAAGAGAAUUUGUGCGUAUAAAGUCUCUGUGACCCUGGAUGUGGAAACAACGCAACCCCGGCUCGAGGUGUCUGAGGAUCUGAAGAGUUUGAGAUGGACUGGAACCCGGAGGGAUCUCCCUGUCACCGGGAAGAGGUUUAUACACAGUGCCUGUACCUGUGUCCUAGGAUCAGAGGGAUUCACAUCGGGGAGACAUUACUGGGAGGUGGAGGUGGUGGGGAAUCGGCGCUGGAGUCUGGGAGUGUCCUCAGAGUCUGUGGAGAGGGAGGACUGGGUCAGACUGAUCCCGGAGAAUGGAUUCUGGACCAUUGGGUGGGUUGAGAAUCAGUUUUAUACAAAAUCCUCUCAAACCCCUCUCCCUGUCGGUCAGGACCCCAGGAAGGUGGGCGUUUAUCUCGGUUAUGAGUCUGGGACAGUUUCAUUUUACAACGCGGACACCAAGUACCAUCUCCACACCUUCACUGGGAAUAAAUUCACUGAGAAACUUUAUCCUUUCUUCUGUAGUUGGGAUUUAAACCAGUUUCUGAGAAUCUGCUCCUGACCUCUCAAUGACCUGACACUGGGGCUAGGGGUGAGAAACUCACUUGGAGAGCAUAGAACAUAGCGCAGUACAGGUCCUUUGGCCCUCCAUGUCACGCCAACCUGUGAAACCAAUCUGAAGCCCAUCUAACCUACACUAUUCCAUUAUCAUCCAUACGUUCAUCCAAUGACCACUUAAAUGCCGUUAAAGUUGGCGAGUCUACUACUGUUGCAGGCAGGGCAUUCCACGCCUUUACUCCUCUCUGGGUAAAGAACAUACCUCUGACAUCUGUCCUAUGUCUAUCAGCCCUCAAUUUAAAGCUAUGUUCCCUCAUGCUAGCCAUCACCAUCCAAGGAAAAACCCUCUGAUCAUCUUGUACGUCUCUAUUAAGUCACCUCUUAACCUUCUUCUCUCUAACGAAAACAGCCUCAAGUCCCUCAGCCUUUCCUCUAAGAUUUUCCCUCCAUACCAGGCAACAUCCUGGUAAAUCUUCUCUGCACCCUUUCCAAUGCUUCCACAUCCUUCCCACAGUGUGGCAACCAGAACUGUACACAAUACUCCAAGAGCGGCCGCAUCAGAGUUUUGUACAACUGCAACAUGACCUUACGGCUCCGAAAUUCAAUCCCUCUACCAAUAAAACCUAACACACCGUACGCCUUCUUAACAACCCCAUCAACCUGGGUGGCAACUUUCAGGGAUCUAUGCACAUGGACACCGAGAUCUCUCUGCUCGUCCACACUACCAAGAAUCUUACCAUUAGCCCAGUACUCUCUACUCCUGUUACUCCUUCCAAAGUGAAUCACCUCACACUUUCCUGCAUUAAACUCCAUUUGCCACCUCUCAGUCCAGCUCUGCAGCUUAUCUAUGUCCCUCUGUAACCUGCAACAUUCUUCCACACUAUCCACAACUCCACCGACUUUAGUGUCAUCCGCAAAUUUACUAACUCUUCCUUCUACACCCUUAUCCAGGUCAUUUAUAAAAAUGACAAACAGCAGUGGCCCCAAAACAGAUCCUUGUGGUACACCACUAGUAACUGAACUCCAGGAUGAACAUUUCUCAUUCAACACCACCCUCUGUCUUCUUACAGCUAGCCAAUUUCUGAUCCAAACUGCUAAACCACCCCCAAGCCCUCAAUCUCAUGCCUCCGUAUUUUCUGCAAUAGCGUACAUUAUCAAACACUUUACUGAAAUCCAGAUACACCACAUCCACCGCUUUACCCUCAUCUACUCGUUUAGUUACCUUUUCAAAGAACUCAAUAAGGUUUGUGAAGCAAGACCUACCCUUCACAAAACUGUGUUGACUAUCCCAAAUCAAAUUAUUCCUUUCUAGAUGAUUAUAAAUCCUAUCUCUUAUAAUCCUUUUCAAACCUUUACCCACAACCUAAGUAAGGCUCAGUGGUCUAUCAUUCCCAGGGUUGUCUCUACUCCCCUACUUGAACAAGGGGAAAACAUUUGCUAUCCUCCAGUCUUCUGGCCCUAUUCCUCUAGAUUGGUGUAAAAUGUUCAUUAAACUUUCAAUUUAUAUUUUGUAAAAUCAGACUGUAAAUAACUUCAAUAGAACUGGAAAUGUCAGAUGGACCUGACCUCAAGGUGAGGGACUGGGUCAGAGGUCAGAGAUUAGGGUGUUCCUCCAUGUGUCAUUCAAUUUCAAGAUUAUAUUGUUGAAAAUCACAACCAAAGUGUAAAUAAAUCAGACAGAAAUGUAAAU